CUAUAAAGCCCCGAGGCGACCAAAACACCUGCAAAUAAGUCACGUUAGCCUGGGAAGGCAACACUUGGCCGCGUGAUUUCCAACCCAGCAAACUGACUUGGUCGACCCCCCCGCCUGCUUGCCUUCCAUAUUGGAGAAGAGGAGGUGGUGGCAGCGGUGUGACUCAUGCCUGCGUCGGAGCAGACCAACCGGCGAUUCAGGCUUUAAAAAAGCAAAUCCAAGUACUUGUGGCAAAAGGUCAUCUCGAAUUAAAUUCCGAGGCGCGAUUGGUAUUCCGACGUCGUUUCUCGCGGAGUUUAUAAGCGGCGACUCCCUCCCAAGGUUAGAAUUCCCCUGGCUUUUUGGACACUUGGAGUAAGUGUGGGUUUGCUCGCUCUCCUCCGCGUAAAUUCUUUACUGUCCAUCCACCAGAGAAAUAUUGGAGGAAAACACGGGACCAAAGGACUUUGACUUUCUGAAGUGAUGGCAUCCUCUGCUCCAUCCUCCUCCAACGCCAAUCAGGACUCCAACCCCACUAAUUUACGACCCACAACUUACGACAACUGGUGUGAUGUGGCUCAUGGAUGUACCAGAAAAAUUGGUCUCAAAAUAUGUGGGUUCUUGCAAAGGAACAACAGCCUGGAAGAUAAGAGCCGGAUUGUGAGCUCUCUCAAAGAAAGGCAAUCUUCCAAGAACCUGCUGGCUUGUGAGAACAGCGAGAGGGAAGCCAGGUUCAGGCGGGCCGAGACAGACUUCUCCAAUUUAUUUGCUAGAGAUUUGCUGCCUGCCAAGAAUGGCGAGGAGCAGACCAUGCAGUUCCUGCUGGAGGUGGUUGACAUUCUCCUGAACUACGUGAAGAAGACGUUCGACAGGUCCACCAAAGUCCUGGACUUCCAUCACCCGCACCAGCUGCUGGAAGGGAUGGAGGGCUUCAACCUGGAGCUCUCGGACAACCCCGAGUCCCUGGAGCAGAUCCUGGUGGACUGCAGGGACACGCUGAAGUACGGAGUCAGGACAGGUCAUCCUCGUUUUUUCAACCAGCUUUCCACUGGACUGGAUAUUAUUGGCUUGGCUGGUGAAUGGCUGACAUCAACUGCAAAUACUAACAUGUUUACAUAUGAGAUUGCACCUGUUUUUGUCCUCAUGGAGCAAAUAACGCUUCGAAAGAUGAGAGAGAUUAUUGGAUGGUCAAAUAAAGAUGGUGAUGGAAUAUUCUCACCUGGAGGGGCUAUAUCCAAUAUGUACAGCGUAAUGGCUGCUCGCUACAAGUAUUUCCCUGAAGUCAAAACUAAAGGCAUGGCUGCAGUUCCUAAACUGGUUCUCUUCACUUCGGAACAUAGUCACUACUCAAUAAAGAAAGCUGGGGCUGCACUUGGGUUUGGAACAGAAAAUGUGAUUUUGAUAAAAUGCAAUGAAAGAGGGAAAAUAAUACCAGCUGAUUUGGAAGCCAAAAUUCUGGAAGCUAAGCAAAAGGGACAUGUUCCACUUUAUGUAAAUGCAACCGCAGGCACAACAGUGUACGGGGCCUUUGAUCCAAUAGAGGAGAUUGCAGACAUUUGUGAAAAAUAUAACCUCUGGCUCCAUGUAGAUGCGGCUUGGGGAGGUGGACUUCUAAUGUCCAGGAAGCAUCGUCAUAAGCUGAAUGGAAUAGAAAGAGCCAAUUCGGUCACAUGGAAUCCACACAAGAUGAUGGGAGUUUUGUUACAAUGUUCGGCCAUUCUGAUUCGGGAAAAGGGUAUACUUCAAGGUUGCAAUCAGAUGUGUGCAGGAUAUCUGUUCCAGCAAGAUAAACAAUAUGAUAUAUCCUAUGACACUGGAGAUAAAGCAAUACAAUGUGGUCGUCAUGUGGACAUUUUCAAAUUCUGGUUGAUGUGGAAAGCUAAGGGUACAGUAGGAUUUGAAAAUCAGAUCAACAAAUGUCUGGAAUUGUCAGAGUACCUCUAUACUAAAAUUAAAAACAGGGAAGAAUAUGAGAUGGUUUUUGAUGGAGAGCCUGAACACACAAAUGUAUGUUUCUGGUACAUUCCUCAGAGUCUCAGGGGCAUACCAGACUCUGAGGAGAGAAGAGAAAAGCUACAUAGGGUGGCACCGAAAAUCAAAGCUCUGAUGAUGGAGUCAGGUACCACAAUGGUUGGAUAUCAGCCACAGGCAGAUAAAGUCAACUUCUUCCGAAUGGUUGUCUCAAACCCGGCGGCAACUAAGUCUGACAUUGACUUCCUCAUUGAAGAAAUAGAAAGAUUGGGGCAGGAUCUGUAAUACUCUUGGCAAACUAUUUAUUCCUCUAGUCCACUGUUUUCCACCUAUUUUUUACCCAGUUCUGCAGAAAACCCUUUAAGGAAAUUCCCUUUCUAAAUGUUCCGCUCUCCUAAGACACACAAAAAUCUGUAGGUUACUGCAGAGGUGCUGGAACAAUUUGUAUACUGGGGGUGCUGAGAGCCAUUGAACCAAACUGUAAACCCAGUAUAUGAUGGAAACCACUUCAAGCCAGGGGGUGCAGUAGCCCACACACACCCCAGUACCCCUAGUUCCAGCACCUAUGGGUUACUGAAACAUCUAUGUAUUGGUAGGUCAUUUUACUGAAAGAAAAUAUAUUAUCUUGACGUGUACUAUUGAUUCUUAUUUUAGUCUGUUUAUUAUAGUCAGCAGGAAACUAAUAAGUAUUAAAUUAGGAAUUAAGAACUCUGCACAAUAUGUAUGUACAGUAUAUAUAUAUAUACAUAUAUAUAUAUAUAUAUAUAAAUGGUAAUGAAUUUAGAACUAGGCCACAGCAUGUUUUCCACUUUAAGAGAACUAACUUUUCUUUCAACAGUUAAUGAUGUGGACAAUGUGCAGCAGAUCAGUCUAACAGAUGCAAAUAGCUGUAAAGAAACAUUUUUAAAAAUGUAGCUUCUUAGGAGCUAAGGAAAAUGUUUAACAGUAUUAAACCUUAUUGUUGGUGCUUCUCUCACAUAUAAAAACAAUGGAUCCUAAAAGCACCCCCCAGUAAGAUAGUUGUAUCUCCCCUUUAGUGUCCUAUCAGGGGAUAAUAGUAGCAGAGUCAUUGUAACAGGUAUAUUAUUGCUGUAUUUUUAGAGAUUAAUUUGUGUAGAUUGUGUAUAUUAUUGUUAAAUGACUUUGUGAAAAGGAAUUAAAUGUAAUAGUUUUACAGCAAGAUAACUGUUCAAUUCUAGGUAUAUGAAAUAUUUGCUUAUUUAUAUGCAGAGAUUUACCAUGCUAAAGAGUUGUCUUGUAUUUUCUUCCAUUUGUAAUGUAUCCUAUUUAUAUAUUAUUGAAGUUCUAAAUGAUGUUUAUGGUAUUUUAGUGCAUUUGUGAGCCAAAGAGACGAUAAAAAUAUUAGUUGACACUUUCAUUUAUAUAAUAGUGCCCUUAAAAUAACAACUUACAGUUAAUUUUACUGAUCAUUAGGAAUUCUAACAUUGUAUAUAGACUCUAGUAUAAUUAAAUCCCUUUACUUUAAUAGACUCUUCACCUUUAUUAAUUGUAAUGUCUGCCUGUACGUCUGGUGUUCUGAAUGCUUUUCUAGUGAAUAUUGGAUAAUAACCAAGGCCCCUGUACUUCUGUUGUAGUUCAGGACCAAUCUCUCUGACUAGUUUAGCUACAUUCUGGGGCAAGAUUCCUGAAGAAAAUCUGUACCAAAUCUGUGAGAUUGUUAACCAGGUUUAUUAAUGUUUUGUAGAAGGGGAUUCACUAUGUAUUUUGGAGUUUACAGAGGAAAAGAAAAACUCACCACAGAAUGUUUAAAUUCAGCUGGCUUGUCACCAUAGUUUUAACUGAUCAGACAUUUCAAAAUAUAGACACAAGAGUCAUCUGCAGCCCAUUCAGUUUUUAAUAACUAGGUAAUCAGUUCUACAAAGUACAUGAUUUUGUACUGGCAGACCAGCAAAGUAGUGGAAUCAAAUAAAGGCUCAAUAGUCCUCUGUCUACAGAAUGACUAUUGUCCUGAUAACUGAAAUCUGCUGAUUCAAAAUCUUUUCAAAAUAUGCUGCUAUGGCUAUUGUACAGGAAAGUCUGUAAUAAGCUACUUUUCUUUCAGCUCUGAAAUAAAAUUUAAUUACAUUAACAAUAUUCUAUUAAAGGAUUGUAAAUAGACACAUUUUGAUUUAAAACUACAGCAAGACUCUGUCCAAAAAGAUCCUCACACUUUGUGUUAUUUUUCAUUUAUUUAAAGGGGGUUAGACACUCAGCACCUCGCCGCCCCACUUUAUGCCAUGUGAACAGGCUGCAGUAGCAUGAAGGGGCCCUAAAAGCAUUGGCUGUAGCCAGAAGAGGGUUCCCUUAGUACAGGCAAUGCAGAAGACAUAUGUAAGGUUGGCUUAGUCGGCACACUGGAGGCAGGGCUGGAGAAGGGAGGAGUGUGUCGGGCAGGGCCACAUCACAGCACUAAGCAAAUUCCAGACAUCACUGCAGCUCAUUGGACAAUCCAGGGAGUCAGCCAUAACUUACACAUUCCCCCUAGGUCUUUCCAGCCCCUGGAGCAGCCCAGGAUUGGGAAGGCACAAAGGUGACCAUGGUUCCCUUGGGCUGCAAAUUCUAUGCUGUGCCUCACCUGUGGUCUUUAGAGUAAAUACCAGUUGGAUAUUCAAAACACCAUGUCUAACCUGUCUCAUAUAGCCAGAAAAGCCUGGGGCAUUUUGACAUUCUGUGAAUGGAAAAACUGAGAAACCCAUUUCAAGAGUCUAACAUUAGUUGCAGUGGGCCAUGCUUCUACAGUCUUGAAUUUUGAUCUUCCAGAAUAAAUAUUCCUGACAUCUUCCCUUCUUUGAUGCUAGCACCUUUGGUAUAAAAGUCAAUGAUAUAAGGUCUGAAUCCUGCUACCAUGGAUAUUGUCAGCAACAGUGUUGGUUCUGGCUUCAAUCUUUUAAAAUCAAAUGCCAUUCUCUCUAGAUGCAGGCCAUUUCUCAUUAAAGGUUAGAGUUCUCCUACUCACAAGGCUGUUCUCAGGUGUUCAGAAACAAAUUCUUCUCUUAGAAAGGAAAAGGCUGGAUUCAUUUUUGAAGCAUAAGCUUAUAGAUGAGAUUUUUCUCCUCUGAAUAGUUCACUUUAUUCAAAGACCUGCUACAGAAGAAUACAGCAUCUCUCUACUCUUCACAGUGUAUGAAAAACAUUAUGGCCUAUGAUAGUCAUUGCCAAGACAUCUGACCAGCCUUGAAAGGGGAGUCUACUUCUUCCACACACAGCAGCAGCAGCCUCUUGUGGUUUCUUUGACCAAUUUUUAGCUUAGAGUUUAUGACCCCCUUCAUUCCCUCACUCAGGGAAUCUCAGUGACAGUACCACUGGAGAGGUAAGAUGCAGCCUUCAUACUUUAUGCUCUAACUUUAAAAUCUUAACUUUCUGUCCCUAGUGUCCAGAUUAUCACCACCUUAUAACAAUAAUAUCUGAAGAACUCUAUACACUUUAGAAACAUAUGUGGAAGCUAAGUAAUAGGAUCCCCAUUUUGCAGACUGGAAAAGGACAAAGAUCAUGCAGCAAGUCCUGAAUGGUAUUGGCUGGGAACAGAAUCUCAUUCUCCUGAGUAGUGUGCAAACUGUAAUUUGAUUACUACAAAUUGCUUCUCUUCCAUUUGGCCCAGUUUCUUCUUUUGCCGGAUCAGAACUACCAGACUGCUCUAGCUACUGCCCAUGAUAGUAUGCAUCUAGAAGUGACAUUUAAUAAUGUAGAUCCUGCUGCCUAUCACAGAGUCAUGAAGUUUAUCUUUGAGGUGGUUCUCGCAGCCAUGAGAAUUAAAUUUAUCUUCAUACCUGAUGUAUGGGAUUUUUUCUUUCUGGUACCACUGUAUAUUAGUUUUGUGGCAAAUGAUGCUCACAACCAGUUUCUGGUGUCUCCUUGUGAUUGAUGUCGGUCAUUAGGAUAUUUAGCAGUAAUGACUGCCCAUCGCCACCAGCACAGGGUCCUGGUUUACCUCAACUCAGAUAGCUGAUUUAACAGAGCCUUAUUUAGGGGAUGGCCAUGGUCAUCAAUGAGACAAAUUCUCUCUAUUUCCCUUUCAGUAGUCAAUCUUCAUCUGAGUAAUAUUCUAUGGCUUCUCAAACAAAGACCUCUCUGGAACUCUCCUGUUCUUAAAUCCACACAGCAAUGUGGGAGAAGACCAGAAAGUGUGAAGCAAUGGAUGAGGUGACUCAUUCUAAGAAAUACAAUUAUAGAUGAGUAACUCAAUUUUCCUGAUGUAAUGAGUUGGUAAUUUACUCUGAGGUUGUGAUUUCUUCUUUAAAAUCUUACUGACAAGCACUGUACUAUUAAGGUGGGUGAAUUCAAAGUACCUUGACAAAUGCCAAAUAGAGGGAAGAUGCCAAACUGGAAAUUGUUGCUUCGGUGUUUACUAGCUGAUGUAUUAGAUUUGGAAAAGGAUAACCAAAGCAGCUGUUGAUUUUAAGUAGGAAAAGUCCCAGUUUCAGUUGUUAGAUCUGUUUUUGGAGAACACAGCAAGAUUCUACCAUUCAUGGCAGAUACACAGAACCAAGGUUCUCAAGAAUAGCCCAGAAUUUUAAAAUCAUCAUUUAUUCAGGGCACAACAUGAUUUUUGAAUGGUGACGAAUAAAAAGAAAUUUUUUAAACAGAAUCUCUGUGUUUUGUGGCUAAAAGAACUGUGAAAUUAUAAAAAUGAUAUGCAAUGCAAUUUAAAUUUUUCAAUAAAAAUGUAUCUUAAAAUUG